AUGUCUUCGGUCUGGUAACACACUGCAGCUAUCCUCAAUAGCCACCGCUGGUUUUUGCAUUGGUGCUGUGCGCGAUGUGUUUGCCCAGCUGGAUAGCCUUCAAGGCCAGUGAUAACGUGCAGUGAUAAAGGAUAAUGGACCUGGAUGGAGAGCGAGUUGUCACAGCGGCUUAGCGAUGCCCGACGCCAUCAUGAAGCCAAUUUAUCUCCGAGGUCUGCUGUGGCUAUACCUUUUGGGCUGCUUCCUCUUCGCGGCUGCUCUGGAACCUGGCUUUUUGGACUUUGAUAACCUCCCCGAUACGAAUUUCUCCUGCGUUGGGAAAGUAAUAGGAGGGUACUAUGCCGAUUUGGAGACCAAUUGCCAAAUGUUCCAUGUUUGUACCAUUGGGCAGCUGGACGAACCCAUGGACAUCCGGUUUCUGUGCCUCAAUGGGACCGUUUUUGACCAGGAAACUCGAGUUUGUGAACGAAUCGAUGAAGUUGAUUGCUCAAAAUCUGAACAGUUCUAUAGUCUCAAUCUGGAACUGUACGGAAACACCCAACCCAGUGUUUUGGAAGAAAGCGAAACUGAUCCUCCAAUCAUAAUCAAGGCUUCGACAACAACAACAACAACAACUCCACGCCCAAAACCCAAAACAACCCGGACGUAUUUUACAACACCAGUGCCUACUGUGACCACCAAAGUCAUAUCAUCGCACCAUUUCCCGAUUUCCGGUCAGACAGACAUCCGGUUUAACCCGGAAGAAAUCAAUAUUAGUCUCAAUCCGGGUGCGCCGCCUAAUAUCCGGAAACCGGUCUCCUACCAUCAGCAAGUCUUCAGUGACAAUAAGAAGGUGGUAGUGACCACGCAUACCACUUAUGGUAGUGAUAAGGAUGAUAUCCUCCGGGUGGUACCAAACACCCAACGGCCGGUCUCGUCGACUCAAAAAACCAAACCACCGGCCACCCCAGCUGAUAUCAAUUAUGGAUUCACGUACCAUCAGACUGAGAAAGUACCACAUAAUUAUCAGUACCAUCACGCGAGUUUCCAGCAUGGGCAGUUCCGGGAUCAGUUCAAAACCACUGAAAGGGCGACAACCCGGAAACACGUAUAUAAGGAACCAACGACGUUUCGGACGACUUAUGUCAAGCCUCAGUACCAGUAUCAUACUGAGAAGCCUCAAAGGGUCCAAUUGCCAGUACCAUUGCUACCAACACUGCCACCUUUGACGUUUAGUUCACCAGCACCGUUUAGUUUAGGCCACCAUAUUGAGACCAAACGAUACACCAAUGAGCAUCAACCACCCAGAAUCAUAAUUAGUGCUAGUGCUAGUGUUAGCGAUGCUAGUGGGCGAAGACUCAACUAUUCUUUAGGUACCAUCGGUGUAACGCCUCUAUUGGAGCAAUCACCGAAAACCUACGACGAGUACAAGGACCAUGACGUGGUCUUGGACCCAUUUUACCAUGACGUGCCCAAAAUCAAGACCAAGAGACGCAAAAGACAAGUCAAUCAUUCCGAAGUGAUCAAAAAUGAGCAAGAAGCAGUCGAUGUUUUGAAAUUUUUGUUUGACUGGUACCAAAACCAUCAAAGAACUAGUACCAUUAGAGUACCAAUCGAUGCUGAAGAUAUAACAGAGAUAAACCAAGAGUUGGCCCCUCUUGUUGCACCAACUAAAACCGAAGAAAAUUUUGAGCAAAGUGCUUUAUUCCAAAGGAAGAGUAAGUUUAACAUUGUUGGAGAUGUUUUAAGUGUGACAGAAAAAGAAAAAAAUAGUACCACUCAAACUAGUACUAGUACUAUUGCAAGUGUGGGUACUGAAGACUAUGUUGACGAUAAUUACGAAGCGUCGCAAGGAGCGGGGGUGGAAACUACGAUUUUACCCCAAGUUGCGACUACGACGACUAGUACCACUAGUACGACAAGAAGGACACGAGGCAGGGGUCGUACCCAAUAUAAAAAAGUUUCUGAAAGUGAACCAAAGUACUCAGCGUCGUAUUGGAGGAGGAGAGGGCGAGGGAGGAGUAGUACCACAACAGUGGUACCAAAAGAAGAGCUGAAAAUGAAAGAAACGACUCUGAAAGAAGAAUCACGAGUUGUUGAAAUUUCUGAGAAGAAUAUUGAAGAAACGACUACAAAACCAGUAAAAGAAGAAACGUUAGAAACAACGAGUAUGAAGGAGGAUAUUGAAGAAACAACCUUAAGACCAGUAAAAGAAGAUACUUUAGAAACAACAACAAAUAAUGAAGAAACACUAGACCUGAAAGAAGAAACGCAAAUAGACUCUGAAUCACCUUCACUGGAAGAUUUAGAAACAACAACUGUUUCUGAAGAAGCAACAAGAGAAGACAAAUUUCAGGUUGUUUCUGAAACGUCCGCAGUUGAUGCAAAAGAAGAAGCGCUUCUAACUCAAAAUGAAACCAAGGAUUUGAGCCAAGAAACGACUACAAUUUCUGAAACGUCAACAGUUACUGAAGACACAAAAGAAGAAACAAAGAAUUUGGAUGAAACGCAAAUAGUUUCUGAAACGUCAGCAGUUACUGAAGAAACGAAGAAUUUAGAUGACCUCCAAAUACUUUCAGAGGAUGAGAAAGAAGAUAAAUUGGAGGCAAGAAGCGGGGAUUUUGAUGACAUCAAUUUGGAAGAAAAUUCCAACGUUACGACACCAAAAGUUGAAAAUGUUGCUCAAGUUAGUGAAGAUUCCGUGACUGAAAUUUCGGUAGACACAACAACCGAAGAAAUUUUUGAAGACAAUAUUGUCGAAAAGACUACAGAAGUGGUUCAUGAAACGACUGAAACAAUUACGGAAGUGACACAAGUUGAUUUAAUUGAAGAAAAAGAAAGUGAAGGAAUAGUUUUGCCCAAACCUAAAGUUUCAGAGAAUGAAGACGAGGUUUUGCCAAAAGUAGAAGUUUCAGAAGAAAAGAAGAAUGAAACUGAAGAAGUGUUACACAAGCCUGAAACUGAAACAACAACAGAAGUUCUUUCGACCGAAUUUCCGAAAGACUACUUGCACGAAAGCGAAAAAACGACUUUUGCUACCACCAAUAUGGGCCCAACUGAGACUGAACCCGAAUUUUCACCUACUAGUACCAGUUCUAGUACUACCGAAAAUCACUUAAUUGUUACCACGAGUACUAAUCCUAGUACUUCACCCGAUUUAGACGUAAGUCCUGAGUCACCAAACUUGACCCCUGCUCAAGCAACCACCGAGUCUUUGAGUAUCCCUCGUGGGCGAAGUGCCCAUCGCAGGAUUCGCCCUUCCCGCCCUAGAAGUUACCGUCGACCAAACCCUAGACAUAGAUUUAGUACCGAAUUGUUCACAUCUCGCCCCACAAGACGAAAACCUCCUCUCGAAGACGAAAUCGACUCAAACUCCCUAACAAGUCAAUUAACCACCACUGAACUUGUCGCUACCUCACCCUCAGAAGAAGUCCCCCCAACCGACGCCCCCUUGUUCAAAAGUGCCAACCCAACUCAAGCCGAAUCGGCCAAAGAGUCCCUCCACACGACCCCUCUCUCAAUGACUUAUAAAUUAAGCGUGAGGAAGGGGAAACUCAAGUCGUUCAUUUUUAAUUGCUUCGGGAAAGCGAUUAAUAAGUUUUAUUCGGAUCCGAGAGACUGUAGGCUUUUCCAUUAUUGUACUUCGGGGUACACGAAGAAUCAGCUGUUAGAUAUGAAGUUUGUGUGUGAUUUGGGGACUUAUUUCGACGAUGAGAAACUCAUCUGUACAAAGGAGAAGCCCCAAAGGUGUUUGUAAAUAUUGCUCUCUUAGGUAACGAUCGCGUCCUAUUAGCCUAAAUCAAUUUUGUAAUUAUUACUGAAGAAUUGUUAUGAAUACUCAUAGAUUAAUAUAAUUAAAUUAAAUCAAUAAACUAUUUUGUUAAAUUUU